ACCCAGAAUCCUUGUCUUUUGCAAGAAACAUUUUACUUUUCUUUUAAACAAACUUUCUACUUAUUUAAUUUUUUAAUGUUUCGUAUUUUAAAAUUGUUCGUAAAAUCAAAAGUUCCGUUUUUCAAAAUUCGCGGCAUUUCAUUUCAUUCUUUUUUAGCAAAUUCUAAUCCCCAAAGUUUCGAUUUCCGUUUUUUAUCAACAAAAUCGGACACGUUCCAGUCCUUUGUUUUGUUCGCCGUUCAUUUUCUUUUUCUCUUUCACCUCAAGAAUUUUGCAGUUCCGAUAUUCUUUUGGCUUUCUCUAUGCGCCUUUAACACGAAAAAUUGAUGAUGAAUUUCUAAAAAAUAACUUAUUUUUUGGAUUGGUUUUAGGGGUUUUUCCCGCUCUCGGACUUGAUGUUGUCGCCUACGACUCUAGCGAGAAGUUCGCUGGAAGAGAUGUUAGAAUCUCUCCGGCUUCGAGACAAUUCCGAUAGGCCUAAAGAUUUACCGCCGGCAUUACCUUCUCGACCACCAUCAAGGGCAAGGAUUCGAUCGGGACGCUGGUCUGCUCAGCCGAACUUCAAUACCGAUUCUAAUAGCGAAAGCGGUGGAGAAGGGCAAAGGAAAGAAAAUGAGUUGCGAGUGAAGAGGAAUACCUUUUGGAACAAAAAAAGGAGGAAAGAUGUGAAUGUGAAUUCGCCAUAUAAUGUGGUGGCAGUGGAAGGAAUUGAAGGAGAGGAAAGGAUGGAGGAAACGGGGGUUUUGGAAGGGAGUGAUAAUAUUGGGUAUUUUAUUGAGAAAAAACUUCGAGUUUGGUGUCGGCAAUCCAAUGGAGUGUGGGUAUCUGGAACUAUACAUUCUACAUCAGGGGAAGAAUCAUUUGUCUCCCUUGCCAAUGGAAAUGUUGUUAAAGUCUCUACCUGCCACCUCUUUCCUGCAAACCCAGAAAUUCUGGAUGGUGUGGAUGAUCUCUUGCAUCUUAGUUAUUUGAAUGAGCCCACAGUUUUUCACAAUCUUAAAUAUAGAUAUUCUCGUGAUAUGAUAUAUAGUAAAGCAGGUCCAAUUUUGAUUGCAGUCAACCCAUUCAAAGAUGUCCAAAUUAAUGGGAAGGAUAUUGUCACGACUUAUAAACAGAAAGCUACAGACAAGCCUCAUGUUUUUGCUAUAGCAGAGAACGCUUAUAAUGAGAUGAUGAAUGAUGGAGUAAAUCAAUCUCUGAUGAUAAGUGGGGAAAGUGGAGCUGGGAAAACUGAGACAGCAAAAUUUGCGGUGCAAUACCUAGCUGCCCUUGGAGGUGGCAAUGUUGGGAUAGAGUGUCAAAUCCUCCAGACAAGUUGUAUACUUGAAGCAUUUGGAAAUUCAAAGACAUCUAUGAAUGACAACUCUAGUAGAUUUGGGAAACUUAUUGAAAUUCAUUUUACUGCAGCAGGGAAGAUAUGCGGUUCCAAGAUUCGAACUUUUCUUCUGGAAAAGUCAAGAGUAGUUCAGUUGGCCGCUGGUGAAAGGUCCUACCAUAUCUUUUAUCAGCUUUGUGCUGGUGCUCCGCAAGCUCUAAGGGAGAGACUGAAUCUUAAAAUGGCUAAAGAGUACAACUAUCUGGCCCAGAGUGACUGCUUGGUGAUUAAUGGUGUUGAUGAUGCUCAGAGAUUUCUUAAGUUUAUGGAAACGUUAGACAUUUUCCAAAUUAGCAAAGGAGAGCAAGAUCAAGCAUUUGCAAUGCUUGCGGCAGUGUUAUGGCUGGGAAAUAUAUCAUUUCAUGCUAUUGAUUAUGAAAAUCAUGUGGAGGCAUCAAAUGAUGAAGCUUUAAUUAAUGCUGCCCGGCUGAUCGGUUGUGAAUCGCAUGAACUGAAGGAAGCUUUAUCUGCCCGUAGAAUCCAAACUGAAGAGGGUAAUAUUGUUGAAAAGUUUACAAUGUCGCAGGCCAUUGAUACAAGAGAUGCUUUGGCAAAAUUCAUCUAUGCUAGCUUGUUUGACUGGCUUGUGGAACAAAUAAACAACUUACUUGAAGUGGGCAAACAGCACACUGGCUGGUCCAUAAGCAUCCUUGAUAUUUAUGGGUUCGAGUCAUUUAAGAAGAAUAGCUUUGAGCAGUUUUGUAUAAACUAUGCAAAUGAGAGGUUGCAACAGCACUUCAACCGGCAUGUAUUUAAGCUUGAGCAAGAGGAGUAUGAGUUGGAUGGAAUUGAUGGGGUUAAAGUUGAUUUUGCAGACAACCAAGAGUGCUUGGACUUAUUUGAGAAGAAACCGAUAGGGCUACUGUCCUUAUUGGAUGAGGAUUUGCAUUCCCCUGCUGCAAAUGAUGCAACCCUUGCUAAUAAGUUGAAGCAAAACCUCAAUGGUAUGGCUUGCUUCAAAGGAGAUAAAGGCAGGGUUUUUGGUGUUCGACAUUUUGCGGGAGAGGUACUCUAUGAUACAAAUGACUUUUUGAAGAAGAACCAAGAUUCACUCAACCCUGAGUUAAUCGAACUUCUGUCAUCCUGUAACGGCCAAUUGCCACAAUUAUUUGCCAUUAAAAUGCUUAAUCAAACCCUGGAACCAGCAACUUCAUUGGAUUCUCCAAAUCAAAGUGUCAGUGCAAAGUUUAAGGGUAAACUCUUCAAACUAAUGCAGCAGUUGGAGAAGACAAAACCUCACUUUAUUUGCUGCAUAAAACCAAAUCGCAAGCAGCUCCCUGGCAUGUAUGAAGAGGAUCUUGUCUCACAGCAGCUUAGAUGUAGUGGAGUUUUGGAGGCUGUUAGAAUGUCUAGAUCUGGAUAUCCUACUCGAAUGACACAUCAGGAAUUUGCAGACAGGUAUGGUUUCCUGCUGUUAGAAACCAAUGAAUCUCCGGAUCCUUUAAGUAUUUCAGUUGCUGUUCUAAAACAAUUUAAUAUACUCCCUGGAAUGUAUCAAAUUGGCUACACCAAACUGUAUCUUCGAAUUGGGCUGAUUGGUGUAUUGGAGGAUAGGAGAAAACAGGUGUUGCAAACAGGUGUUACCAAAACCAUUGCUUCUUCAAUGCACCUUUUUAUACUAGAGGCUCGAAAGUGUAGAUUUUUGAUUAUUUUUACCUAUAUUUUGGUAAUUUACAUUCUUUUGUCUUAUCAAUUGAUGGGAUGUUUCCUUUGUGUUGUUGUUGCAUAUGGUGAAAAUUUCCAAGGGAAGUACACUGAUGAGGCAAAUAAGGGCUCGGCAUUUGCUUCCCAAUUACAUGAUGGGCAGUUGACUGCAAUCAUAGGUUUACAAUCUGCAAUUCGUGGAUGUUUGGUCAGGAAACAUUUCAGUAACUCGCAUAAAUUGAUAACGUUGAGAUCUAAACGAAAGCUGGUUAGAGAAAAUUCUGAAGCAAAUGACAUACCAAAUGAGCAGUCUUCAGCAAUGGCAGAGCUUCAAAGAAGAGUUGUUGACGCUGAAGCAAGUUUGGGGCAAAAACAACAGGAAAAUGCCACAUUACAGGAACAACUGCAACAGUAUGAGGCAAAGAUGAAAAAAAUGGAGGAGCAAUUACAACAGUCUGAAGCAAAGAUGAAAAAAACGGAGGAGCAAUUACAACAGUCUGAAGCAAAGAUGAAAAAAACGGAGGAGAUGUUGCGAAAGCAAACUGCACCCCUGCAAGCAAGUCUUGCUGCAGCCAAAAAGAGUGAAGGCAGUGCUACGGCAGAGGUUGGGGGGAGAGAAAAUGGAGUGAGCAGUCUGGUAAAGGAAUUUGAGCAGCAGAAACAAAGUUUUGAAGAUGAUAUAAACAAAACGACCCAACCUGCUUCUAACAUGAAUUCUUACGAAGAACUACGGAAACUGAAGCGCAGGUUCAGGGCAUGGAAGAAAGAUUACAAGGUGAGAUUAAAGGAAACUAAGGCCAUAGUCCGAAAGCAUAGACAUCAAGAUUCAGACAAAACACGAAAAAAAUGGUGGCCAAAUAGAGGGAAAGUGUUACAAAAUUGCGGCAAAUCACCAUCAUAGAUGGCGUCCAUUCUCAGGUACAGUUUAUUUACAUUUUGGUAACAAAUAUAAACAGUUGUGUAGUCCAUGGACAUGGAGGCAGGGAGGGAGAGGUAUAUAUUUGUAUAUCUACCAAAUGUGCAUAGACAGAUUAGGAAUUUGUGGAGUUGAGACCCCUUUUAUUGUUUUCUUCAAAUAGUUGGGUUUAGGGUUGUGUAUAUUCUUCUUCUGUUGUAAGUGGGCAAAAGUACUAUAGAGACUCCUGUAGUAGUUAGAUUGUAUUUUAUUCAUUCUACAUAAAAAAUGGGUAAAUUUGUAACUGUACAUUAGAUCAAAAAAUAAAUUAAUUUUUAUAUUAAAAA